AUGUCCGAGUUCUCGUCAAGUAAUUAUGAUGCCAGAAAUUAUUCCGAGGCAAGACCUCGGUAUCCUGCGGAGUAUUUUGAAUAUCUACGUAAUUAUCAUGUGGGGAAGAAAGACCUACUUGUAGACGUUGGAUGCGGGCCUGGCUCCUUUUCACUUGAGUUGAAACGGCACCUUGGAUUUCGUAAUCUGGAAGGUACAGAUCUUUCAGCCAGGAUGAUUGAAAGGGCCAACGCAGAGGUCAGCGGCAGAGGGGCUAGCGAUGCCAGGUUCAGCGUCCAUGCAGCAGAAGACCUUGAUUGGCUAUCUGCAGGAUCAGUGGAUAUGAUAACAGCGGCACAAUGCAGUCACUGGUUAGAUUUCUCAGCAUUCCAGAAAGCUGCAUAUCGCGUUCUGCGGCCUCAGGGAACACUGGCAGUUUGGGGCUACGUUGACCCCAUAAUUGUUGAAUAUCCCGAAACCGAUACUCUUCUAGAGGAGUUUCAAUACGGUGAUUCUUUUCUAGGGCCUUACUGGGAAAAUCCUGGCAGAAACAUACUCCGGACACUUUUGCGAUGCCAAGUCAUUGACAGAAGGAGUUAUAGUAACAUUGCUCAAGCCACCUAUCGGGCUAGAUCCACGGCAAGCUCCUGUGAUUACACACGCCCGCUCGUAAUGGUCAAAAAAAUGUCCCUUUCAGACUUUGAAGGUUAUAUUAAAUCUUGGAGCGCAUACAGCUCGUGGAGAAAUCAGAAUCCAGCGAGCGACGAUCUCUGUAAAGGGUUUCUGGGCAGGUUGCGGCUAAAUACAGGGACCAGUUCAAGUUCGACUUUUACAGUUGCCUGGAAUUCAGUCUACAAGUUCGCCAAAAGGCGAGUUUGA